AAUUGAAAACUUUAUUAAUCAAUCAUCUCAAAUUACUUGAAUUUUUUUCUUAUCUCUUUGUUAACUUCAAUUGUAUGUGAAAUUCAAAAUCCUAAGUGAGUCUACAUCAUCUAGAAGAAGAAGAAGAAGAAGAAGAAGUAGAAAGUGUUGUGCACACUACAAAUUCAUCCAAACCCACCCAACCCAACCAAUUCUCACAAAACCUCCCUUCAAUGGCUUCCAUUCCCACUUUCUCUUCAUAUUCUCUUCUCCUCAAACCCAACAACACCAACACACUCUUUCCCAAUUCAAACUCAUCAUCAUCAUCAUCAUCAUGCACACUCUCUCUCUUACCUCUUUUUGGAACCAAAUUAACCCUCCAACGACCCAUUUCCUCAACUCGUUCCAUUUCCAUCGCUAAUUUCAGUGCCACUUCUGAAACGGUGCCGUUUAACCUCCCCACUGACCCGAAUCCACAAUCUGAUGAAGUACAGAAAAAUCCAAAUCCAAAUCCAAAGCCAAAGUGGUCGGCGAGGGCUAUAAGGUCAUAUGCAAUGGCGGAAAAUGAAGUGAGGGUGCUUAAGUAUCCUAAAAUAGGAACCGAGAGUCUUCUCAUGGGGAUUUUAAUUGAAGGAACAAGUAAAGCUGCAAAAUUCUUAAGAGCUAAUGGAAUUACUUUUUUUAAAGUACAAGAACAAACGUUAGAGCUACUUGGGAAAUCUAACUAUUUCUUUUCCACUCCCAGACCUACUCCUUUGACCGAGCCACUUAAGAAAGUCCUUGAUUCGGCAGUUAAUGAGAAAUUAAAGUCAGAUCUAGGUGAAGAAGGGGAAACAAACGUGACUCAUUUACUUCUUGCAAUUUGGUCACAAGAAGAAUCAGCAGGUCGAAAGAUCUUGGCUACUUUGGGUUUCAACGACGAAAAAGCCGAAGAAAUUGCUAAAACAGCAGCUAGUGGAGAUAUUGAUUGGAGUUUCCAGAAGGAAGCUUGAGAAAUUUCUUGGGAUAAAGGGUUGAUUGAUGAUCCCUAGCAUUGCUAGUUCCAGUAGAGAAAAUUGACUAUACUUUCCCUCAAGUUUAUAAACCAGUUUCUACAUUAAUGUCCUUUGUAAGUUGUAACAUUAGAGAUUAUACAUUUCUCAUUCUUUUUAUACAAAUGUUUUGAAGGUCAAAUUUUUAAGCAGUUGUGUGAUUGUGGAAUUGCAAUCUUACUCUGACUUUCCUCUCUCCUUUGUAACAUUAAUAGUCUUUCUUUUACUAUGGGAAGUGCUCAUUUUUAUCCAACACU